AUGGCGCUUGCCGGGAGACUGUUGCUUGGACUGCUGUUGGUCACGCAUCUUCAGGACUUGGUGGCACAGGACAACAGCCAGCCAAGCGGCCAGCCUUCUGGGCAACCGAGCGGUCAACCAUCUGGAGAUGGCCAGGGCCCGGGCCAGGGCCCACCCCAGGGCCCCCCACCGGUGGACAUCGUUUUAUGCGGCACGCUGAGCCUCACGGGCAGCAGUCUGGUGAGCGAAUCUCAGGAAGCUCUUCAAGGCUUGCAGCUGGCCAUGGACGUCCAUCCUUUGAACUCCUCGACCGCCCAGGGACCAGACCUGAAUGUGAGGUUGGAUAUUCGAGACGACGCGGGUGAUCCAGCGCAGCUGAAACGUCAGUAUGAAUCCAUGAUGGUCCAGCAUCAGGAGAAGUUCAUUGUCUUCCUAGGGCCAAUCUCUGAAGUGCUUUCGGAGGUGGCAGCAAAUUUGACGAUGAACAGCAGCUUCUUGCUGAUGCUGCCCUUCACUUCUUUGAGAGCGUUACAAGCAUCACAACCUUCGACACCGUCAGUCUUCUCCCUUGAAAUCCCACCGGAUGCGCUUCUCAAGAUGCACAUUUUCCAACUGAAGCAACGAGGAUCACAGACUGUGGCAAUCUGGGAAGAGCCAGGUGUGUACCAGACAGCUAUGUGCGCCGGUGCUGUGACCGAAGCUCUCCGUCUCGGCAUGGACGUGGUCUUCCAACGAGAUUCGGCAUCCAAUCUUUUUCUAGUGGAGCAAUUGAGGUCCAUGGCAGGAGUCAGUCCAGAUGUACUCGUGGUUUGUGCAGACUACCAGGUGAAUGUUGAACUCAUGAUGGGGCUGGACUUCAUCCACUUCAACCCGAAAGCUAUCAUCAUGUGGGAUUCAUCCAACAGCAACUUCUAUGAGACCUUGUUAGUUUCCAGUGCGGUGCACAUCCUCGAUGCUAAUGCUUGGAGCGACCGCUUCGAGCCUUGCAGCGGUGGAAGUUGCCAGACGAUCUCCAGAAGAGACUUCUUCACGAGUUAUCAAGGCCGCUACGGCACCGCCCCAAGUCUCGUGGCUGCGCAAGCGGCGGCUGCCGGGGUGGCCGUGACUUACAUGAUCGUCGAUGGCUGGGCUUCCGCGGGUGUGGAGACUGAAGGUAACUCUGCCAUUUUGAGCACCCUAUCACGCGAUUUGACCAGGGAGGGCAACAAGGACUCCUUCUACCACCCCUUGAGCUUCAACAACAAAGGCUUCCUGCGCGCAGUAAACAUCGAAGUGACACAGCUUGCUGCUCAGAAUCUCACGACUGCUCGAAGGCUGCAGGGCCCCCCGCCCGGGCAGGGGGCAGGCCCGCAGCAGGCAGGCCCGCAGCAGCCUGGGGCAGCGCCGCAGAGCACUGUUCCGAUCUAUGUGGAGGCCAUCACAACAGAGGAGCUGCUGGCAUACACUCGGGUGCAGCCCAUCUUGAAAGGGAUCUACUUCUCCGAGGGGUCCGAAGAGAACGUCGUGUUGGAGUCCGACUACCAGAGCCUCGAAGCGAUGGUGACUGAACGACCUCCAGAAGAGGAGCGAAAGGUGAUUCGGUAUCCCUGCGACUUGGGCUUCGAGGUGAGAACUGCUGAAUUGUGGACGAUGAUGAACUUUGUGGAGCUAAACAUGUCAGGCGCUUCGUCUUCCUUGACGGGUGAAGAUGAACCGCCCAGUGGAGGCGGUCUGCCCGGUCGGGGGCGACGGCUGUUGAGAUGCCUGGCGUCGUUGAUGGUCACUGGGUGCCUGGUGUGGGCUGCCAUCUCGGAAAGGUGGCAUUGCUUCGAGGUGAGCGUGGCGCCUGCUGAGGUUUUUGAGAUGUUCAAAGCCAUGACCAGCAUUCUGCCUGGCACCCAUGACGUGGCAAGUCAUAGCUUGGUGCGGGAGACCGAACCGAAAGUCGUCUUUGAGCUUGAAGCUGGGCUUUGGUCCACGACAGCCUUGGACCUUUGCCAUCCGAAGGACAGCGCUUUCGCUGCUUUCGUGGACGAGAAGAGAUGCCAGGACAAGCUGACCCGCUUCUGCUACGACAUCCUCGAUGAGAAACCCAAGGAUCCGCUGGUGAGGCGAAGCUUCGAAAAGUGCCGAGUGGCAGUGCACCACGGGUCUGUGAGCUUCAGCUUGGUGCUUGAGCCUCCGAAGAAGGUGGAGGCUUUUGAAGAGGUCGACUUCAGCACUUUCGAUGGCCUCCAAGCAAGCCUUGAACACCACGAUGCAGAUAGCGAUCCCGACAUUUGUGGCACGCUGGUGAACUGUGACGUGCUGGCGGAGCUCAGACCUUGGAAUUUCGCCUUGAUCGCCUCGCUGGGAGUGGCGCUGCUGUGCACCUUGCUCUCCAACUACUGCUUCGCCCGUUCGAUCUUCAGUCAGGACGUCAAGUUGAUGCAGAAUGGCUGUCAUGCCAUCCUGUUGGCAGCCUUGAUGCUUGUGGGAGUCAUUGUCCUGGACAUUUACAUAGGUGAGAAGUUUGCAGUGGAAGACGUCUUUCGGACAGAGGACCUCUACUACUACUUGCUGCCAGAUUCCCCUCGGCCGGCACAUUCAAGCUUGAUGGAGCUGCAGGAGCCGGUGGCGCAACACGUGCCCAAGCGCUUGCAGAAGCGCUACGCCAAUGCUGCCUUAGACGUAGACUACUGGGAGACGUGGCCCAUGUCCAUGUUGGAGCUUCACGGAAAGGAACUUGGGCAGAUUGCCAUCCAGGAUGGUCCCAGAGGACCCCUGCUUCAGAUUCCUGCGGCCACAUGGAGAGGGACGCUGAUGGUCUUGAGUGGUAACCUCAUGAAGGCAUUGGCAACUGGGAGGAUGUCCGAGUUCUUGAACCCCUUGAAGGAGGCCACCAAAAGGGCUUGGGCAAAGGCCAAUCGCAUGAUCGAGAACUGGCUGCGGUUCUUGCAAAAGUCGUUGGUGGAAGCGCCAGAUCAAGGGACCAACUUUCUGACCUCGAUGUUGGAGGAUUUCAUCACCAUGAAGACGGCAGAUGACCUUUGCACUGCAGGUGCCUGCAGUCAAACCGUCCUCCAGAACAUCAAGGCAACAGCAACAGAGCUCUUCAUGAAGUUCCGCGGCACUUUUCAGGAGAAGCUUUCGGAGGCCAAGGCGCUGAUCGCGCAAUGUAAGCUGCUCUUUGAUGCGUUGAAGCGCUUUUGGAACUCGGUGCAUGAGCCGGUACAACGGAUUCUGGACUUGGUCGUGCAGGCCGCCCAGAGUGCCAGCGGGGGCAUCGAAGGCUUGCUGAACACUGUCGUUAACGUCAUGGGCCAACCGGAGCUCGUCCAAGAUGUUGCCCUUCUCUUCCAGAGACUUUUCACAGACUUCCCGAAGAUCAUUGUGGAUGUGCGACAACUGGCUGAUCGCUUUAUGGUAUUGGUUCGAGGCCUCUAUGGGAUUCUUCAGGAGGUGCAGGUGGCCGUGGAUAAGAUGAAACAGCUGCUGCAAGGUGUCUCAAGCAUCUCAGACGCUGCGACUUCCCAAAUGAAAAUGAAGUUGAGCCAAGCCAUUGAUGCCAAGAUGAUGGAGGCUUCAACGACCUGGCAUCUCACUGCGAAGCAAGGGGUCCAGGAGCUAGCUACUGCAGUGAAUCCGGCAGUACCAGCACUUCUGCAGGCCCAGCAGGUCUUCAUCGCAGCCAACGUGAGCUCUUUGCUGCAAGGUGACCUGUCAUUCAUCACGAUCCUGUCUAGCUUUGCCACUGGCGGGGGCCUGUGCAGCCCUGCUGCACGCAUAGGGAGCAUUUUCCUCAACGAGAUUCAACAUAUGCAUGUUGACAAGAGAGGCUUCCAAGCCUCGCGUGGAGGCCUUUUCAAGCAUUUCGGCUACGUCACCUUCGGACUGAUCCUUCUGACGGUAAGAUCAACUACAGAUGUCUCCAUGUCUCCAGAUAACGCACCUGACUUUCACUAUGAGUAUGGCUUGUUGAUCCCUUGCGAAGUGAAGGGCCGAUGCCUAGGAAACAAUUUAUGCCUUGGCAACAGCACUGGCGUUUUGUGUGGUAGCUGCGUCCAAGGCUUUGCCACGGAUCUACAGUUGGCAAAACAAGCAGAUCCCUGCAGAUCUUGCGAUGCACUUUGGGCCUCUGAGUGGCCUGUGGUCCUCAUGGAAGUCGGUGUAUACUUGGGAAUGUAUAUCAUCCUUCUGGUGGCGCACUGGAAAUCCUGUCUGUCUCUCAUGUCGACUUCUUCGUUCAUCCUUAGGGCCGUGGUGAACCACCUGCAAUUCUUGGCCAUCACAGUGAAGGUCACGAGCUACCAAGACUUCAUUGUAGACAAUCUCCAGAACACCCAGGUCUACUUCGAGGGGCUUUCUGCAUUGAUCUUGGAUCCCAUCAAGAAGUUUCCCAUCGAGUGCUGGAUCGAGGGCUGGAAGAAGUACCAGGUGAAGGCGCUCUUGGGGCUGUCCAUCAUUCCCGCCGUUCUGAUCACCCUAGCAUUGAUCUCUGUGCUUUGGGAGUUCAUCUUCAACCCCUUGUUGAUGAUCGUGUUUCCACCUCACGAGGAUGAGAAUGAGGCGGAGGAGCACGAGGAUGACAGCCCCCAUAAAGGCGCUCCGAGUCAGAUGUCUUUCAAAAGAAGAGGAAAGUCAGUCCAUCACUCAGUCAGCUUGGGGGUUCUGUCUGGAGCACCUUCCUUGGCAAGGUGUUUGGCGCGCAUCUCCGAGUCUUCCCUGAUCUGGUGCCAUUUGCUGCUGCCCAUGUCAAUCUUCAACAUGUUGGAUGUCUUGAUGUGUGUGGACCCGCAGGGGAAGGCCGUGGGCGUGGUGGAUUAUCCGCGACCUAUUCAAGUGCAAAGCUUUGACUUCGGGGAACAGUGUGGCAACGACGCCCACACGCUGUGGACCGUCUGCUGCCUCGCAGGUCUUGUCCUCUAUGGCAUCGGGAUCCCUGCUGGAAUGGUGGGGCUAAUCCAAAGCAUGUACCGGCAAGAUUCCUGGAAGUCCCACAGGGCUUUUGGAUACCUGUUGGAUGGAUCGAGUGGCGACUACUGCUAUAUUCAGAUCAUCGAAAUCUUCCUCAUGGUCUUCGCACUGGUGGUGUCCAACCAGGUCUCGUUGGAACUCGUUCUACGGAUCGUCUGCCUUAUGACCCUCUAUGGUGGCUACACCCUUUUCCUCAGCGACACUGUCCCCUUCGAUGCCCGUGACCAAACCGUGCUUUUGAAGUUGGAGCUUUGGAGUAUCCUCGUUCAGCUGAUCAUGUUGGUGGGCUUUGUGCUGAAGUCUUCCUGGGUGCCACUGCUAAAGGAUCUACCCGGCCUGGUCAUUGAGGUUCCGCUGGCCUUGGCUCACGUUCUCUUCUUCAUGAUCGUGUUGAAGCAGCUGAUCAAUAAUGCCGUCUUGAAAAGGAUUCGGUACACCCUGUCUGUGAACGACUUGACUUUACCUGAGCAGUUCAUUCACAGGAUGCUGGGUGUGGAGAGUGACAAGGUGAAGAUGGAUGUGUCCACAGGGGUCUUGGACAUCAGCGGCUUAACGAAAUCCUCCAGAACCACCUUAGAUGUCGCCGUGACCAUGGCGUUGGAGAGAUACUUCAAAGCCGCCUCAGAGGGCAUGAUUCCUUGGUCCGAGAUUUGUGACAACGUCAUGGCGGAGGAGGAGAACUUGGAGGAUCCCGCGCGUCCAGGCCAGCUACAUCCUGGUUUUCUUCAAGCAGCAAUCUACGAAAGCUUAGUUGAGGUCGAAGCCUCACGGGCCUUGCGGGAGCUCAAGGAGCGUAAGUCCAAAAGAAAAGCAGUGAGGUUCAGGAGUAGAUUGACCAAUGUGCUGAGCCGAUUUUCCCAGGCGGACCGCCGAGACCCCACCGUGGACAUGGAGAGCAUCGAGGGCGACUUCAACCGCGGAGCACAGGCUCAACGAGGCUUUGUGGAACAACAGGUCAAGGAGAAACCCCAACUCUGCGCGACCUCCGAGGAGAUGUACAUGGCCAUGAUGCUUUUGCUGAGGAACAUCUUCCGUGGAUAUGUCGAUCUCUAUGACCUUCGGAAGAAGGCUGGCUUCCGCACCCGACUCUUGGAGAUGCCGGAUGAGGAGCGGCCCAUCCAGGACAUCUUGGAGGAGAUCUCCACAAGACAAGAAAACUUCGAGGAGGAGGAAGAGAUGAGCCAGGAGUCGACCUCAUUCGAAGCUCCAGAUCCUGAGCCAAUCGAAAGCUAUGAGGACGACAGGUCUGUCCCAGCGCUUUUGAGACCCAGUCCCAGGACUGAACCUUCAGAAGUUGAUGGGGUCAAUCCAGAUGUCAUGCUUGCGCGGACACUAGGCAUGCAGAACGCGAGCGGCGCUCGAGAAAAUCUGGCUCAGAUGAGCCAAUCGCAUCGCAAACACUUCGAAGAGGUCAUUGAGCUGAAGGCAGAGGUGAAUCGACUACGCCGAAGUCUGGUGCAGGCACGGGCUGACUUGGGGCAGCUGGAGAACCAAGGGCAUCCAAUGAACAACGUGCGGAGUGCUUCAAGCCUGAGCCGAGAAGGCACCAGUGCCAGCAUGUCCCCUGCAACACAACAAAUGGAAGUGCUUUCGAGCUUGGGUUUGGUGAGAUCCACGCCGGCGACGACCCGGACAGUGGUCCUUUUCCGUCCCGCGCUCUGCCUGGUUGAGGCCUCAAUCAGGUCCGGUGAAGGCUACGCCUUUAGCUUCACCCAGGACGCCCAGGCUAUUGAAAGGGCACGGCCCAAGAACCAAAGAAUACGUCACACCUGA